GAAGACGACGACGAGCCGGAUGAGUGGGAGAAGCGGAUCUUCAGCACCGGAUGUGCAGACGAGAAUAGCAAGAUGACGGACUGCUACUUUGAGAAGAAGGAUUGGCGCGCCUGUGCUGAGGAGAUGGAGGAAUUCAAACGGUGCUGGAAGUCGCAUGACAACGACAAACGGACAGACACCAAGGACGCUUGA